AAAUUUAGGCCGGACGUGACGGUCAUUUUGUUUUGUUACGGCCUGGUAGGAUUUGGUAUGGCUUUAUAUAAUUUGUAAGGGCCCAAGGGGUUUCCUGAUUUGGGAUACAGGGGUCAAUCACUAAACUGAAUGUUUAUUUAGAACAGCCAAUCAGCAUUCGCAGAAGUUUCCGUUCUAGCCAAUCAACGCACUGAAAAACCAUGUGCUUGGCAUACGAAAAUUCAGCCAGUUCACAGCGCUCCAAAGUUUGGACAACAGUUUGGUCAGGAAGAUUACUGGUAUUUGUGUCUUUUGUGAACUGCCUUUUUUAGUGUGGUGACUCUCAGAACAGCCCUAGUAUUGCGGUGAGUUUUCUUCUAUUGUACUUUCUAUCUGUGGUGUGCUGCCCUGUAGAUUGGAUUUUUCUGCUGUGCUAUCUUUUGCUGUUGUGGAAAUCUUUUGGAGUCGGUGUUUUUUCUAAUUCUAUCAUGGCUGAAGGUACAAGCGCAACAACGAAAGUCCUUAUUCUAGGACACUCCUUCAUCAGAAGACUAGAGCGGUUUGUACACGAGAGAAGGUAUACCGCAGCAGGACGAGCUUUCAGUCAAGAUUUAUGGUUAAAAGAUUGCGAGGUGUCUUGGAAGUGGGUGUCGGGUGGUAAUGUGGAUAGAAUCGGCGGUUUGGCGCAGAGCGGUUGCCUGCCAGACUCAGAUUUGGUUUAUUUGGAGCUGGGCUGUAAUGACAUAAUGAAUUGUUAUUCUUCUUCUUAUUCGUCCGAGGCAACUGCCUUGAGAGUCUUAAACGUGGCUUCACUUGUCAAAGUACGUACGGGAGCACGUAUUAUCAUUCUGGGGGAACCGUUGGCUAGGGUCUUUGAUCCUCCAUAUAUACAUUACAAUGAAGGACUGGUCAAGUAUCUGACUGAUCUAAGGAAAGAGGCAUGCGAGUUUAAAGAUCUCUACUUGUGGAGGCAUGCAAAACUGGCAGACAGACACUGUCCCCAGUAUUUUGCUCCCGACGGACUUCACCUUUCAGAUCACGGCCAUUGUUUAUAUUACAGGAGCGUUCGGGGUGCAAUCACUGCCCAUCUCCCUAAAAUAUCUUAGAUUAACGUUUGAUCCCUACUGUGGUAAGUUACCCGGUAGGGAUUGAUGUAUCUUUGUAGAUAUAUUGUUAUGUCUGUUUGGUAUUCCACCCAAACCCCUUUUAGGCGAUGUUUGAACUGGAUUGCAUCCCUUGUAGAUAAUUUGUUUAUGCCUACCUUGUGUUAUGCGUUACCUUACUGGCCUUUUUUAUUCGCCUAUUGGCUCGAUUUGGGGUUUUUUUUGUCGCUAACGCUCCCUUGGCGGGUAGAAAAAAUUGUGACAAAUUGUAGAUUAGGAUAUUUCUAGUAUGUUAAAAAUAUUUUAAGAAACAAAUGAGUGAAAAGAUGGUAUAUGCCAGGUGUAACAAUUUGAGCAAUGAUUUUUUCAUUUCGAAUCUGAACAUAGUAUGUAUUUGUCAUGUUUUAUUUUUCAUGCCAGUCAAUUAAAGUUCUAGUACUCGCACCAAAAGAUAGCGUGGAGUGAUUAUGGGUCUUACGUUGAUGUUUAAUGGCCGAUAAGGUAGGCAUAAAUACAUUUUCGUGAAACGAAAAUAAAAAUUUAGGCCGGACGUGACGGUCAUUUUGUUUUGUUACGGCCUGGUAGGAUUUGGUAUGGCUUUAUAUAAUUUGUAAGGGCCCAAGGGGUUUCCUGAUUUGGGAUACAGGGGUCAAUCACUAAACUGAAUGUUUAUUUAGAACAGCCAAUCAGCAUUCGCAGAAGUUUCCGUUCUAGCCAAUCAACGCACUGAAAAACCAUGUGCUUGGCAUACGAAAAUUCAGCCAGUUCACAGCGCUCCAAAGUUUGGACAACAGUUUGGUCAGGAAGAUUACUGGUAUUUGUGUCUUUUGUGCCCUCCCACCCUUCCCUGGCUGGCAUCUGGUGUCGCUUGGACUACAGUGUAUUAGCGAUGCCACCAUCUGAAAGAUCUAAAAAGAAGAAAGGGAACCAGGGAGUGACAGACAACCCUCACCCAGGAAACAACAAUGGGAGGAGACCUAAUACAAGAGCAACGACCGACAGUGGGACUGCCCCCCCCCCCUGCACCACCUAGACUCCCUCCACAAAAACUGUCAUUGAAGUCGCUUCAGCAACAGUUGAAUGACCUACAGAAGAUAACAACUAGAUUAGCAGAUAAGCUGGACGCGGACAAUGUCCCUCACACAUCAGCAGUCAGCACAACUGUAACAACAACAGUGAGCAGCACUGGCCUGCUAGGUGUGCUACCAGCAGGCUCACCCAGCGUUACAAGUGCGGCGAAUCAAGGACUACUACAACAAGUCACGUCAACAAUAACAGCCACUACGUCGAGCACGAUUCCCAUAUACUCAACAAACUCUGUAUUCGGAUUGCAGCCACCAGCCCUCCUGCCUACACGGACUGAUGGACUUGGUGCUACACUAGCAUCUAGCAUUAUGAGUACAGAUCGACACGUUUCGACGGAGGUUCCCACAUAUGAAUCAGUUUCCAACGCACAUUCCACCAUCUCUACAGCCGAGCAACUUAAUCAUGAUGUAAACAAAUUGUUGUUUUGUUCUUUGGCCCCAGCUACGGUAACUGCUUAUCGUUUGGCAUGGCAACAUUUUCGUCGUUUCACCUUAUCAGUUCAUGGUCAGCAUUUGGUACACUUGCCUAUUCCUGAAAUGCUUAUAGGCCAGUUUGCUACUUUUUUGCACCAAGAAGGGUUCGCUCCAUCCUCAAUAACGUCUAAGCUCUCGGCCAUAAGCUUCAUGCACAAGCUUCACAAUCUCCCAGAUCCUACUUCGACGUUCCUCAUUCGAAAACUGGUGCAUUCAAUUCAGAAACACCAUGUCCCGGAUAGUAGGCUGCCCAUAACACCCACAAUCCUCCAGAAAUUGAGUGACAUUGUACCGCACAUUGUGAAUAGGGAUUAUGAUCAGUGCCUUUUCGAAGCAAUGUUUUUGUUCAUGUAUUAUUCUUUUGCGCGAUUAGGAGAAGUCACAAUAACUAACACCUCUCAACACACUUGGAACCUGGAUGAUAUUACUGCAGUACCAGAUCAAAGUGGAGCAACAUCAUAUAUCAAAGUUCAAUUCAAGACAUAUAAGCAUAGCAAGACGUCUACUCCAGCGACCCUUUCCAUGAUAGCACAGCCGGGCUGUAAGUACUGCCCAGUGAGCAGCCUUGAGCGUUUUCUCCUGAGGCGUGGGGGUAAAUCGGGAUGCCUUUUCACCAGCUCAAAUGGUUCUCCAGUCAGUAGUGAUCACUUUACCAAAGUCCUCAAGGCUUGCGUAGUACAAGCCAAUCUAGACCCGCACAAAUAUACGUCACAUUCUUUCCGUAUUGGGGCAGCAACUCAAGCUGCAAUACAAGGUGUUUCCGAUGACACCAUACAACGCCUGGGAAGAUGGUCAUCUGAUGCGUUUAAGAAAUAUAUACGCAUUUAAAAGAAUGAGGGCGGAGUCGAUUGGGUAUGAGUUCGUUGAUUGAUGUUAGGGUAUACGCGAGACUAAUAUUACAGUGGUGAGUUGCCCUGUUUUUUCUACAUGCCCGACAUGUACAAAAAUGUGUUGCUAUGUUAGGUGCUUGCUUUAAGGAUAGUGGCACUAGUCUAUAAGUUUGCUUAGGAAUACGACUUGUGUAUUAAUUUCUCGAGUUGCUUGCUAUGUUAAGAGAUAACGAAGUAAGUUCUUAGUUCCUUGUAUGGCAAUUCCCAAGUUAUGUUAUUUUUGUAAUAGUACUGUGGUGUGCUGCCCUGUAGGUUCUACAUAAUUAAUGGUUAUUGCAAUAUGUGUUGCAACAUGGGAACCUGCCAUAAGGAUAUUUACUUUAAUAUUCUGUUAGUAAAUAGUCGUUGCUAGAUACACCUCAACUAAAGAAGAUUAUUAGGCAUGUAUGCCCAUAGUUUUGUUGUUUCAAACUAGGAUAAUCCGUUAUAUCGCAAGGUAUUACCAAGCUCAUUGUUCGAUAGUACAACUAGAACUACAUAUGGUUACAGUGUUGAAUUUUGUUCAUGAUACAAUACUCAAUUAUAUUGUAAGAUCUUACCACGUUUGUUGUUAAGGCAGUACAACUAGAACGUUUGUACUUCCUAUGGUUAUAGCGUUGUAAUUUGUUCAAGAUACGAUACUCUGCUAUAUCACAAGAUCUUACCAAGUCCAUUGUUACGGCAGUAUAACUAGAACGUUUAUACUUCCUAUGGGGAUUAAGCGCUGAUGUUUUGUUCAGGCUACUAUACUCUGUUAUAUCGCAAGAUCUUACCAAGUUCAUUGUUAUUGUAGUAUAACUAGAACGUUUGUACUUCCUAUUGUUAUAGCUUUGAUGUUUCAAGCUACCUUUACUCGGUUAUUUCGCAAAAUGUUACCAAGUUAUCUUACUAUUACUAUCC